GUCGCAGGACAGGGCUGCCGACGCCCCCAAGUCCCACCUCCAAAGUGACUUCUGAGAGGAGAAGAGCGGGAAGCCACAUGCGCUGGUGCCUAUGAGUCAGUGCCUGGCCUGUGUCCUUAGCAGGCCUGUGCACGGCCUCCAGAACUGAGGAAAGCAGAAAAGAAAACUUCCUCAAAGGGAACUUAACACCAAGACUCAUUUAGGAUCUCAUAGCACGAUGAGAUGUAACAAAUCCAGCCUUCUAACAUUCAACCCCUGUGAAAAUGGCAGAAAGUGGUGGGCAGGAAAAAGCAAGAUGGUUCACAACAGUUAUUAUGAGUACAGCUCUCCAGAAUCAUGAAAUUGCAGCAUCUCUUCAGAGUCAGCAUCAUAGAGUGCGAUACUCAGAUUCAGUGGAAAAAGGAUCCCUCAUUUUCUCUCUUUCUGGUGUUGCAUUUUUAUUGGCAGACACGCAAGAGUUGUUGAUGACAGAAGAUCUAUUUUUAGACAGAAUUGAGAAGUUCAUAAACAUUCAUAGGAAUAGUUUUUUGCUUUUGUCAGCUGCCCUUCAUGGACCAAAAGAAUGGGAUAUAAUGUUUAGAAUUCAGAACAGAUUCCUGGGCAGUAAUUUACGGAUAAUUCCAGUCCAUAAUGCUUCUGAAACUGUUCGGCUCAUGCUAACUAUAGCCAAGACCACCUCUAAACCACACGUAGACAAUAUUUGCUACAGAAUGAUGACGGCAAAAGCUCAGAUUAUAGAACAGAGUUCAGUUUGGAAAAUGCUUCAUCAAAUCCAGUUGGACUGCAACUAAUUUAGCAUCAUUAUUUCUAUUCAGAAUUUAUGCAGUUAUAUUUCUGAACAAAAUACAAAUGCUCCCUUUUCCAUUAAAAAUACAACAUCAGAGCAGAAAAAUAAGUGUAAAUUUAAAUGUUAAAAAGCAUACAAUGCUUCUGAGUUGAAAAUAUGUAGGGCAUUUUUACAUGUGCCCUGGGGGUGGGAAGGCCUGUGCUUUAAUUAGAGCAGCUCCAGGAGCUGCUCUAAUUAAAACUCUGCUGUGUCUCGUAGAUCAGUGUCCCUAUGCUUUAAAGUGGUAGGGGGGGGGCUUAAACUAAAGUUUGUUCAACGAGCUUUAGUUCAAGU